AUGCAGAGAGUUAUCCAACGGACGACGUCGGCACGGAAGCAGGCUCUGCGCAGGACCAUCAAGUCCCAAGAACGACAGCAAUUGUUGGACCGAAUCCAGACUAAGCGAGCACGAAAGGACUACGGCGCCACAUUGUCUGCUCAAUUCCAAACGGCACGGAGGAACCGCUAUGAGGAUUGGGAGAAGGGCCCCCUUGCCCCAAUGCGAGACUCCGGUCUAGAUCGUACCACGUAUGGUGGCCAGGAGGGUUCUGUCUUGCACCCGCCGCGUCUCCCUAAGCACGAACAACGGAGGCACGUUCUCUUCGCCGAGGGUGAUCGAGUCUGCGUCAUUCGCGGACGGGAGCAAGGCAAGAUCAAUGUCAUUACCCAAGUCAACCGAGACAGUGAGACAGUCCUCAUCAAAGAUGUAAACAUGGGCGAUGUCAUUAUUCCCGAAUGGGCCAAAGACAGAAUGUCCCAUAAUGCCGAUAUCCAAGCACAGGCAUUUCCUGUGCCCUUCGACGACAUCCGACACGUCAUUCCGCUGGAGGAUACCGAGACUGGCAAGCUGGAAAACGUCCUUGUCAAGCAUGCAUAUGCUGCCGGCCCUUACCACGAGCGAGCCCCCCACAGCAAACUCCCCAGAUACUCCCGUUAUGUCGCCGGUUUGGACAUCGAAAUCCCCUGGCCAAUGGAGGAGGAACCCGUCAUUACCGAUGGCGAAAUGGACACACCACGAAUGGAGGUCGAGGCUAGCACAUUUGCCGCUACACUGUCGCAGCCCCCUAUGCCCUCAACUGUGAUUGACGAGCUACGCAACAAGUACGGUAAAUUCCGUACUCGACACGACCCGGAGUACUUGCGAGCGAAGAUGAUGGAGGAUUACGAGAAGGAGUACAAAGAAACUGUGUCCUUGACCACACCGAAGACAGAAGCUGCCAACAUGCGCGCGGCCAAGGCACUUGAAAGGAGGAAGGCCAGAACCGAUGCUGAUGGCAAUCUGAAAAUGUCUAAGGACACUAUCAAAUUCAUUACCGAGCAGAUGCAAAAGGCAACCAUCGCCACCCAACCCGCCCCUCUAAAAACAAAGGCGAAGCAGGCGAAGCCCAAGCAAACAAAGCCCAAGGCGACUGCUUGA